UUUAAAGUUUUUUUUUUUGCCUUUUCUUAGUUUUUUUAUGCGGCUAUUACUGUUCUCUGAAAGAUCUGAUGUUGCAAGUUGCAGAAUCUUUAGAUCCCUUCCCCCCCCUUUCCUUUUGCCUCCCUGCCUUGCAGCACUUCAGGGGUUAAAAGUGAUUGAAGGCUCUUUGAAGAUGGGAUGAAAGGAAUAGCUGCUGGAGACUCUGCGCUGCCAUUGGUCCGGCGCCCUUCAAAGGACUCUUUUUCUUAACCAGAGGGGGGAGUCUGGCUUUAAGAAAGGAAUUCAGAAAUCCCAGGUCCUGGCAGCUGCACGGAAACAGGCACGGAGAUCCCAUCGCUGGGAAAAAAUCAAACCGAGGCAUUUUCGUCGUCGGACCGAAUACAUUCGCCCGUCUGGGUCGGUGGAAAGCUAUAAAAAAGAAGGCUGGCAUUUUUCGCAGCGGUUUCAUGUCCCAUUCGGACGGCGGCGGCGUUUACGGCGCUGCCAGGACGCAGCUUUCAGUGAUCUCCACUGAUGUUUCAUUAAAGCCAUAACACCCCUUUGUUCUUUUGGCUUUGUCCCCAGGGGGAGUGAAAAAGGGCUUUUUGGUUUUGAUUAAAAAAAAAAAAAAAAAGUUCAGAGAGAGAGAAGAGGGGAGGGAGAGAGAGGGAGAGAUCCUUGCAGUUCGAACUUACUCAACAAGAAGGUGUGAGCUGAUUUUUCCCUUCUCCUGUUUUUUUUUUCCUCCACUUUUGGAUUUUCUCUUUUUUUUUUUCUGCCACUUGGAUCUGGACUUAAAGACGCACUCGCCCAGCAGCCGCCGCAGCGAUGAGAAGCGAUCAGCGGCCGACGGGAUUAUUUGUGGACUUUUAGCGCAAGGGGGACCCGGGGCAAGGAGCCGCUGUUGCACAAACAAGGAUAUUUGUAAAGACUCCUGGCAGCCAUGAGUUCUGCUGGAGUAUUGACCUGCAUCCCAGACUCUGGACGUAUCUUCAGGGAAACUUCUUUGCGUCCACCUGUACCAGGCCAGGAGACUAAAAACUACAAGUCUGAAAAGUUCACCAUGGAUUCUCAGCACUUAAGACACAAGGAAGAUUAUAUCCGUGAAGCUGAAGGCUGCGUUGCCAACGAUUCCCGCUUCUCCAGAUGGGGCAGGUCUCUAAAUCUUCUACUCGAUGACCAGGAUGGAGCUACGCUUUUCCGCAUGUACUUGGAAGGGGAAGGUCUUGUGGAUCUUUUAAGUUUUUGGUUUGCUUGCAAUGGAUUUAGGGCUAUGGACCCGUUGGAACCCAAGACAUCAAAAACUGCUAAAGCCAUAUAUCGCUGGUAUGUACAAAAUAGUUCAGCAGUUUCAUGCCGCUUAAAGCCAUCUACCCGUACCCAAGUGAAGGAGUGUGUGAAGAACCAGCAACUGAAUAAGACUGUGUUUGACCAGGCCCAACAAGAGAUACAAAGGGCAAUGGAGCAGGAGGCAUUUACCUCUUUUUUGCAGUCCGAUAUAUGCAAGGAGUAUGCUCGUGGUGUUGAAGACAGUCCAACUCCAGAGAGUCCUGGGCCUGGGCUUCCAACGUUGGCCGAGGAUGAGGAGUUUGGAGGGUUACACCAUUUUUCUUCUGGAAUGGGGAAAAUAAAUCGUGCCUUCUGUCGGAUCCCUCCUAGAAACCAAAGGUCUCAUUUUCGGAAGUCGGAACCGAGCUAUCAGUACUUUGCACCCGCAGCCAGUAUCAACGAUAGUGAGAUAUCCAGUGAUGCCCUGACAGAAGACAGUAUGUCCAUGACAGAUGGCAGUGUAGAUGGGAUUCCACCGUAUCGUUCAAAAAAGCAGAGGGAGAUCCAUCGGAGUGUCAGUGCCAAUGGCCAAGUGCCUUUGCCUUUUGUUCCAAGGACGAUGCGCCCACCGGCAGAGAUGAUGCCAGCCAGCCCGGCGGAGUUUGCGGCCAAGCUAACAAUCGCUUUGGAGCGAGUAAAGAAACAGAGGGAGGCUGAAGAGAAACUGGAAGAAAGGUUGCAGAGGUUAAAAGAGGAAGACGAAAAAGCUGAAUACGACAUCCCACCGUCCAGUCACGAGGCCGUACCCGGAAGCGCUGUAGAGGACGAUCCACAGUCCAUCCUUGAUGACCACGUAUCCAGGGUCUUGAAAACGCCGGCAAAUCUGUCGCCAAGAUCUCAGUCCCCUUUCGUUCAAAGAAAAGGCAAAUUUCAACCGGCCUUCUCGAAAGGGCAGAGUUCCAUAUCUUGCCACUUGCGUCCCAAAGUCCCUCAGGGUAUGGAAUCCAGCACUACGUCAACGUUAGAGCACCGAAGCUCUGUAAGCAGCCAACUCCCAAGGAGCUCCAGAAAACCAGAAGGUUGCACCCAGUCCCACAGAGCGGAGGAAGGAACCUCGGCCGCCGUGCUGACCACUCCUCUUUCUCCAGAGCAGGAAGCCGAGCGCAACCACAGUGUCCUGCAAUGGGUUCUAGAAAGCGCAAAGUUGAUGAAAAAGCACCACCGCGAAACACCUGCCAGUGUCACUCAUUGCCCUGAACUAAAGAAGGCUACACACCGUGCAGCAUCCCAACCAGCACAUUUGUUCCUGCAAGAUACUUCCAUGCCGCCCCUUACGGCUCCCAACACUCUGGAUCAACUGGAAGAGGCCAGAAGACGUCUUGUAGAAGAUAAGAGAGUUCCCAAACUUCAUAAGUCCAGGUGUGUACAGUCUGCCACAAUGAAAGAAAAAGGCAAAACAGUGGAAAGCGUCCCGUCAUCUGCCUUCUCUACUCUAAAACUUUCAGAUGAGCAUAAGACAGCCAAGAAAGCAAGUUCAGAUUGUCAGGGUCAAGGACUUGCCAUCGUCUACUACUUCUGUGGUGAAAGGAUUCCGUACAUGAUCCGUACCAAGGAGCCAAGCUUGACGCUACAAGAGUUCAAAGAGUUGUUGAGCAAGAAAGGAAGUUACAAGUAUUAUUUCAAAAAGGAGAGCCAUGAGUUUGAAUGCAAUGCUGUUUUCCAAGAAGUGUCUGAAGAAGACGCCGUGCUACCUUUAUUUGAGGAAAAAAUCAUCUGCAAGGUGGAAAGGGCAUGUUGACCGUGAUACGGAACUGCAAGUGGAGAGUUAUUUGCUGCUGUCUAAAUAAGUCGAUACGUGGUCAUGGAAAACAUGGCCAAGAACGGCACCCAUUGACUUUAGAGUGCUCUGAUUUUGGCCCGUUCUUGGAAGAGGGCAAAUCCAAAAGGUCGUUCCUUUUUCAUUAAAGGAAUGGUAACAGCAAUAUGAAGUCCCAAUGGAGUAGCCUUAAAAGAAGCAACCAAUCUAAAGGAAAGGACAGGCGAAAUUGAUAUUGCUCAAAAUGCCAAGGAAUUAUUGCUUGUGUUUUGAUGGGAGUGGAUCUUUCCCCCAAUAUCAUGUGACUUUUGACUCUUUGUAUCUAAAUUAAAAAAAAAAAAAAUACUUCUUUCCGGAUAAGCCACUAUCUAUACCUUGGUACAUAAAAUGUACAUUUAUUUUUAUUCUGCGUAUUUAUGAAACGGAAGAUGUUUUUGUUCUUUGUCUAAAAAAAAAAAAAAAAAAAUCAAAUCCUUGCCAUCAUUUGGAGGAUGUUCUAUAAUAAUGUUUGAUGUAGAAAUCACCACUAUAGAAAACUGAACGGUAAUGUGCAGGCUGUCCCUGGGCACAGUCGGAGAUGCAGCCUCGUCUUCAAAGUGCUGGAUAUUUGAUAAAACAUGAAAAAAAAAACCCAACUCCAUUUGUCCUGGAAGAAUGCAUACGGACAUCUACGGUAUCCCAAGGACUUUGCAAUGGAUGCUGCGGCUUCAAAGGCAUGGAAACAAAGUAGGGAGAAGAGAAAAAAGGCAAGACUUUAUCAUUCGAAUGAACUCGGAACAUAAAUAAUUUAUAGGACGUUUCUGGCUGCAUGAAAUCACGAAAUCCUCCAUAUUUUUUUUUUUUUUUGUGGUCAUCAAACUAUGCAAAGAAUUGAUAUGCUGCUCUGAAGUUCCACUGGCUGCAUUACUGUCGCAUUCGUACGGUGCGUCCCGCCAACGCUUGCCCCAAUCACGGGGUAAGGAACUGCUAAACGUCGCCCAGCCCCGCCCUUUCUGGCAGUCCGAGAUCUACUUAUAUAUUGAGGUCUUGAUAUUUUUAUUUUUUUGGUUUUUAUAUAUAAAUCUAAAUUAUUUUAUAAAUAGAUUUUUUUUUUUUAAAAGUAUCUGGUACUUGGAAUUAGGACCUUGGCAAUUUUUUUUUUUCCCCCUCUGUUCAGUUUUAUAAACAGAAGGGGGGGUCCCUUUAGUGAGUUUGGGGCCCAAACAUGAGUGGGACUUUGCUGGGACCUCGCUAGCACAAUCUGCACAGGAUGGAUGGAGUCUUAACCCAUUUUCACGGUGGUACUGCUAACUGAACGGAUUGUACUUUUUCCUUUACGGACAUGCGUUAUUUAAGAUUAUAAUAUAUUUAUCUGAUACUCUGUUUUAAGGGUGGUUAUUGUCCCUUAUUUUUAAAGGGUUAGUUUGCCUUUUGUAGAUGCUGUACAAAAAACAAAAACAAAAACAUGCUUGCUGUUAAAACAGUGAUGACAGGGCAUUUUGUGGGUUUGAAUCCAUUGCAUAUCAAAGGGCUUCUAUUAAAAGAGAAAAGUGCUUAAAACCA